UAAUGUAUAUAGUCCUCGAGAGUCGAACACCAUCUGCUUCCCCAUUCAAACACGUAUAUAGUUGUCAGCUCCAUUCCUUUAUAAAAACCAACCCAACACCGAUUCGUGACUCUCUCUCUCCUAUCACUCCAAUUCAAAGAUAAACCUCGUUUUCCAGGGCUCAAAUUUCGAUUCGCAGAGUCAAGUCACCAAAGUCAGAAUUUUGAGCUUGGUUUCAGUGAUAUGAGGGUCAAUUGAGUAGUGGGUAUUGGCUAGAAUUUGAAAAGAAAUGAGUUACAGAAGGAGGUUUGGGAAAGAUAAUAGUGCAAAUGCUGUUGAAGGUUCUGCUUCAAGUGAAGAAGCCAAUGAAGCAUCAAAGAGUCUUGAUCAUGAAGUGGCUCACCUCACUAAGCUUAGAUCAAGGCCCCAUCAGCAUUUGAGGGGGGUCUUGCCCGGAAAGUUGAGGUUACCGGUGUCAACACUGAAAAUGUUGAUGGGCCGUGAAAGUAAUUAUUCGGGACGAGGGAGGUUUUCGUCAGCAGAUGCUUGUCAUGUUUUAAGCCGGUAUCUGCCCAUUAAUGGUCCAUGGGGGGUGGACCAGUUGAAUAGCCCUGCAUAUGUUUCUCAGUUUUCGAAUGAUGGCUUGUUUUUUGUUGCUGGAUUUCAGGGGGGUCAUAUUAGAAUAUAUAAUGUUGAAAAGGGAUGGACAGUUCAGAAGGACAUUCUAACCAAAAGCUUGAGAUGGACAAUUACUGAUACAUCUCUAGCACCAGAUCAGCGAUUUCUUGCAUAUGCUAGCAUGUCACCUAUUGUCCAUAUUGUGAAUGCUGGAUCUUCUACGACAGAGUCACUUGCAAACAUUACGGAAAUACAUGAAGAUCUGGAUUUUUCUGUUGAUUAUGAUGAAGAAUUUGGAAUAUUCUCUGUUAAAUUUUCAACUGAUGGGCGAGAGCUUGUGGCUGGAAGUAGUGAUGCUUCAAUACAUGUUUAUGAUCUCCAAGCAAACAAAGUUAGCCUCAAAAUACCAGCGCAUACGUCAGAUGUAAACACAGUAUGCUUUGCAGAUGAGACUGGCCAUCUCAUAUUUUCUGGCGGUGAUGAUAACCUCUGUAAGGUGUGGGAUAGACGCUGCUUUAUCACGAAAGGGCAAGCAGCUGGGGUUCUGAUGGGACAUCUUGAAGGCAUAACGUUUAUUGAUAGUCGGGGAGAUGGACGUUACUUAAUAUCAAAUGGGAAGGAUCAGACUACCAAACUUUGGGAUAUACGGAAGAUGUCCUCUAGAAAUAUGUAUCCAAGGAUUACAGAUCGUGACUGGGAUUACAGGUGGAUGGAGUACCCAGCUGAUGCAAGAACUUCGAGACAUCCCUUGGAUCAGUCGUUGGCUACAUAUAGAGACCAUUCAGUCCUGCGCACUUUAAUUCGCUGUUAUUUUUCUCCAGCAUAUAGCACUGGACAAAAGUACAUCUACACUGGAUCUAGUGAUCAUUCGGUCUAUAUUUAUGAUUUGGUGACUGGCGCUCAAGUUGCGAAACUCUUCCAUCAUGAUGGACCUGUAAGAGAUUGUAGCUGGCAUCCUACAUAUCCCAUGUUGGUCAGUUCUUCCUGGGAUGGGAGUAUCGUGAGAUGGGAGUUUCCGGGAGAUGAUCAAGUUCCUACGCUGGUCAAGCCAAGAGUAAGGCGGAGGAGAGCUUUCUAUUGAGGAUGGUUCAUUGCUUUGCACAUUACAAGAUGUUCUUGGUAUUAAGUUUUUUAAAUAGUUCUCAAAGUUGUAGGUACAGUCAGUGAACUCAGUACGGAGAAGUUAUAGGUCUUUCUUCACAGCUGUGUAAUGGCUGUACAAAUGUAAAUGUAUGCUCAAAAUCCAUAUGGUGUAUAAAGUGCAAUAAUAACGUCCAAAUGAUUUGUUCUAGUAUUCA